GAAGCAGAAGAAUUGAUGUAGGUAUUUGUUGGGAAAGGCAAUUAACAUGAUUGAUGGAUCGGUUUGGAGGUUGCAUGAAUGGAGCAAAGCACAGAGAUGAGAACACCCAUGGAUCAAAUUCAGAACCAAGAGCAUAGACAAGGCAUUGAUGAUGUGAUACUCAUGGCUCCCAAGGUGCCCAAGGCAGUGACAAUGGUCGCUUCUGCCGAGGCCGAGAACAUUAGGCGGCCUCGAGGGAGGCCGGCGGGAUCCAAGAACAAACCGAAACCGCCCAUUAUCGUUACUCGCGACAGCGCUAAUGCGUUACGUGCGCAUGCAAUGGAGGUGAGUUCGGGUUGUGAUGUGCAUGAGAGUUUGGCUAGUUUUGCAAGGAGAAAGCAGCGUGGCAUUUGUGUUCUUAGUGGUAGUGGGUUCGUGACUAAUGUUACACUCAAACAACCAGCCUCAUCUGGUGCAAUUGUCACCUUACAUGGCCGGUACGAGAUUCUGUCGUUGCUCGGCUCGAUCCUUCCGCCUCCUGCUCCACCUGGGAUAACCGGCCUGACCAUUUACCUUGCCGGGGCUCAGGGACAGGUUGUCGGCGGAGGCGUAGUCGGUGCACUCAUUGCUUCCGGUCCUGUUCUCAUCAUGGCUGCAUCCUUCAUGAAUGCCACCUUCGACCGUCUGCCGUAUGAUUCCGAUGAAAUUGCAACAGCGGCUAUGCAGAACCAAUAUCAUGGUCGGCACCAUCACCUGGACAUUUCGGAUUUGUAUGGGAUGAUGCCGCAGAACUUGAUCACCAAUGGAACUAACCCUCCUGAGAUAUACUCUUGGGCACCAGGACGAACCAUGUCCAAAACCUAACCCGAGUGAACCACUAGCAAACAGUAAUUGGGAGAAGAUUCUCAUAUCCUGCAAAUUCCUAGUAUGAUGAUUUAGUGUUAUUUUAUGAUAGUAGCAUGCUGCUGAUCCUUAUGGA